AUGGCAACCAGCCCGUCCGGAGCGCCCGUCUCCAUCGUCUGCGUCGGCAUGGCCGGCAGCGGCAAGACGACCUUCAUGCAGCGCAUCAACGCGUACCUACACCAGAAGAAAGAGCCGCCGUAUGUCAUCAACCUGGACCCGGCGGUGCGCAACGUGCCCUUCGACAGCAACAUCGACAUCCGCGACUCGGUCAACUACCGCGAGGUCAUGAAGCAGUACAACCUCGGCCCCAACGGCGGCAUCAUCACCUCGCUCAACCUCUUCGCCACCAAGAUCGACCAGAUCCUCGCCCUGCUCGAGAAGCGCACCGCGCCGCCGCCCCCUCCGGCAGCUGGUGAGGCCGCACCGCAGCAGCAGCAGCAGCAGCAGCACAAGCCGAUCAAGAACAUCCUCGUCGACACGCCCGGCCAGAUCGAGGUUUUCGUGUGGAGCGCCAGCGGCGAUAUCCUGCUCGGCUCGUUGGCCUCCAGCUUCCCGACGGUCAUCGCGUACGUCAUCGACACUCCGCGCACGGCGUCGACGAGCACCUUUAUGAGCAACAUGCUGUACGCCUGCAGUAUCCUCUACAAGACCAAGCUGCCCAUGAUCCUGGUCAUGAACAAGACCGACGUCAUGGACGCCGAGUUCGUCAAGGAGUGGAUGACGGACUUCGAGGCCUUCCAGGCAGCGCUGAGGGAAGAGGAGAACGGCGGUGGUUUUGGAGGCGUGGAGGGGGGCGAGGGCCCGGUUGGCGGAGGGAGCGGGUACAUGGGUAGUUUGUUGAACAGCAUGAGUUUGAUGCUGGAGGAGUUCUACCGGCACUUGAGCGUUGUUGGUGUGAGCUCGAUGACCGGUGCGGGCGUGGACGAGUUCUUUGAGGCUGUGAAGGAGAAGGCAGCGGAGUUCGAGCGGGAUUACAAGCCCGAGCUUGAGCGGAGGCGGGAAGAGCGUGUGAAGGAGAAGGAGGAGAGGCGCGAGAAGGAGCUUGACAAGCUCAUGAGGGAUAUGAGCGUCGGUGGGGCUUCGAACAAGACGCCCAGCCAGCCUAAGAACAAGGGAAGAAAGAAGGAGGAGCCGGAGACGAUCAGCGAUCUCGAAGAUGAAGAUGAAGACGAGGAUGGACCGGCUGCGGACUCGGACGACUUCGAGGAGGAUGACGAUGAUGAGCAGGGUCUGCAAAGCAGGUACCAGAAGGCUCUACAGGAGGACCACGACCGAGCUGCUGGUGGGGACGACAUGAGCUUUGCGCGGUAUGUCACACAGGCUCGCAUGGGUUGA